CCAUUGGGUUCCCUUCACGCUAUUCUGCCUCUCACUCGCAAGCCCGACCGAAUUGGUCUGCACAAAUGGAUGCCGGCACACCCUUUACCAAUCUAGGUCAAUUUUCACCCGGUCAUUUCGAACAGCCGACACAUGCAUAUAAGACAACACGUCAAGCUGGUCUUGAACUUGAGAUGGAUUCCAUCUUUGGCGGUACUUCCGGCGCCUCGACGACUGGUGUUUCUUCCCACUUGUCUCCUCAUACCUUCAGUCAACCCAUUGCUCCCCCAUCAAUGCAAAGAUGCGAUCCUAUUCCCAUACAGUUCAACCAAGCACGGCCUCUACCAACCCUCCCAGCCCACGAAUCGGCUUUUUUGUCAGAUUCAUCCCUGCAUGUUAUGAUGGCCAGCUAUAGGCAGCAAAGGGAUGCAUCAUCCCACGGUGAAACGAGUCCUGGUAUGUUCAACCAAGAACAAGGCCAAGGUUUAGCGGGAGAGGUGUUCCAACCAGCCCAUAUGACCUCGCCAUCCUACACAGGGGAAGAUGACGCCCCUACACCUGCUCUAUCCAUAGAAGAGCCGAAUUCCGAACUAUAUAUUUCGUCGAAUAACACGCCUUUGGCCAACAAUGUCGCCCUCGCGGACGAUUCGAUUGAAUCGUUCUGCAUAAGUUCUUUUCCGGCUGAUCAAGAGUUGCAACAGACUCUCCGAGAAGUGAUGUCAGUGGGGUGGGAGGAACUUGUGGCCCAGAGUUCAAGCGAAGAGAUAUUGGAGUCUCCCACAUCCUUAAGAACCAUCUUCGUAUUUAUCCUGUUAGAUGCGGUGCAAGAGCAGUCAUAUUCGUACGGAUCAGUAGCCGUAAUUACAGCCGACAUAGAAAGAGCUGCAAGUGCCACAGCACUAUCACUUCUGUUUGAUCCGGUGGACAGGGGAAGGCUGGCUGGCGCCAACCCCAUUGCACCGGGCUCAGCCUUGAACCUCUGCCCUGUUGAAUGCUAUGGCAAAUCUGGUGAGGAUGAGUGGAAGGACCAACCCUACUCCAUCAUCUCGCAUUCGGAUGCACCGGCCAGCAACCCCAGCGUGUUCAACGCGAAGAAACACGCGUUAGGUAGAUGGAAACAACCGUUUCUUUAG